CAACGUCUGUCAUUUACAGCAUAAUCACCCAUCUUAUCACUACAGACAUGGAGUCCAGACUGAUUGUGGUGGUUGUGUUUGUCUGCGCUGUUUAUCAGUUGACUGAAGCCCAGCUGAUCCCAGUGUCAGCACUCAGUACCAGCAUCACUAAUACCACCUGUCGCACCUCUAAGCUGUGUGUGUCGAGUGUAACUUAUUGCGACCCUGCAGGAAACUCCAGCUGCUAUUUCAGCUCUGCUCAGGUCAGUAAUGGAGUACUGACUGUGGAAAUCUCCGGCACGACUUCAGGAUACGUGGCGUUGGGAGCAAGUAACAACCAAAACGAGCUACUAAAUUUGGGAUCUAAUGUGUUGGUCUUCGUCUGUGGCAACAAUAACACCAACGCCUUCUUUGAAACAGCUUUUCAACAAGGACCAACAUUGUAUCCUGAUUACUUGGUAUGA